AUGAACACUCGCCGGUGCAACGUACUUACGUUAUUGGCAUCCCUGCUUUCCAUGAGCUCUCCUGGGUACAACUUAACCCCAGCCCAUAGGAUGACCCCCGAACAGAUAGACUGGGAAAGAGAACAGAACAACAGCGGAUGUAAGAACCAAGUGUUACUAAAAAUAAUCAAAAACGAAAUGAGCUUCGAGCAACUACCUUCCAAUAAUCUUCUCAUGACAUCAAAGAUAUACAACAUAAAUGAAUUCUUCGUAAAUCUUUUGGGAGAUAAAAAAUUGAAGCAAAUUGUGGAAGCCUGUGGGGACUACAUUUAUUUGAAGAACCUUCGGAUGGUUAUCUUUACCAUCAAGGAGAAUGUGAACAUGGAUUUUUUGCGAAACUUUUUCCGUGUCCUUAUAAAUAAUGACGUGUGUGUAGAGUUCGACCAGGGGGCCUCUCCUCAAGAUGGUUGA